AUGUUAACAAAUAUAAUUUACUUGAUUUUCCUAUUACCAUCACUAGUUGUUGGAUGUGGUAUUACGACACAUAUUGAAGUAUCACAUCGUGCACAAGAUCUUUGGUUACAUCAACCUACUUAUCGAAAUUAUAUUCUUCAACAUCAAGAUGCAUUACAAGGCGGAUCUCCUUAUCCUGAUACUAUGUAUGAUUCCGUAUGUUAUCAUGGUAAUUUACAUCAAAUAGCUGAAGAUACACAUUGGUAUCCAUUUAUGAAAGUUGCUAUUGAAUAUAUGCGUGAUCGAUAUCCACCUCCAUUACAAUCUGAUAAUAUUCAAGGGCAAAAAUUUCUUACAUUUCUUCUUGGUACAGCAUCACAUCAAAUAGCUGAUGCUGUAUGGCAUGGAAGUUUAACUGGUUGUCCAAAUGGAUUUAUUGAUGCAACAGCUUGGGAAAGUUUCGAUGGAGAUAAAGGAAAAGCACAUUCAAGUGUCGAUCCAGGUGGUGAUAGUGUUAUUGAUUAUGAAUUACCUAUUGGUUAUAUUGGUUUAACUAAUAAAUGGUAUAUACCAAGUCGUGAAUUAGAAGAAGUUUAUAAACGUUAUGCAAUUGAAUAUGAUUCACCAUUAGAAACAAAUGCUACAGCUGAACGUGUUCAAAUAUGUUCUGAUUUUAUGUUUAUUGGACGAUUUGCGGAUGCUUUAUUUCUUGGUCUUGAAUAUCCAAAAUAUUCACAUAAUAAUACAUUUUUAUUAGAACAACUCGAUCAAUAUUAUCAUGGUGGUUUAAUGAAUAUGGCUCAUCAAACUGUUCGAUAUUGGGAUCAAAUUAUAGCUAUGUAUGAAAAAGGUACUGAUAUAUGUAAAGCAUCAACAAAUAAUCCAUAUUAUUUAAAUUGUACAAUACCACAUUUACAUAUUUCGAAAGAAAAACAACAAUCAAUAACAUAUAUUCGUUCAAAAUCAUCAAAUUAUCUACCAUUUUCAAGUAAUUCCUAUACAUCAUUAUCAAAAUUACAAUAUACACAAAUUGAUACAGGUGUUAUAUCCAAUCAAAGUUAUGCAUCAUUUGGUUAUACAACACUUUUUGAUGAUUUUAAUAAUGAUGGAUUAUCUGAUCUGGUUAUAUCAGCACCUGAUUAUUAUAAUUUAGGUUGUACACAAGGUGGUCGUGUUUUUAUUAUUUAUGGAAAGAAAGAUCAAUUACCAAUACCAGAACAUAAUAUUAAUAUUAUUGAACAAAUAGCUAAUCAAACAUUAAUAUCACCUGAUUGUGAUGGUGAUCGAUUUGGAACUGGUUUAACUUCUCUUGAUUGGAAUAAUGAUGGAUAUAAUGAUCUUGUUGUUAGUAGUCCAUCACAUGGUUAUGGUUAUCGUGGUGCUAUAUUUAUUUUUGCUGGUAGUAAAGAUGGUCUUGAAACAAAACCAUUUGUACGUAUUGAUGGUGUUAAUGAACAUGAUUCAAUUGGAUUUGAAUUACAUGCAGCACACCUUGAUAAUGAUACUCUAUUAGAUUUAAUUAUCACAAGUCCAUAUGCUCAACCAAAUGGUUAUGAUCAACCACAACAAGGAGCUGUUUGGAUAUUUCUUAGUUCACAUCAAAUAUCUGAUCGGCAAUUAACAAUCAAUAAUGCAACAUUUACAAUCUAUGGUGAAAAUGCUAAAUCAAAAUUUGGUUAUUCGCUUCAAAUUAUUCCUCCAUCAUGUAUUAGUCAUAAGACAUCAUCACCAGCACUUUUAAUUAGUUCACCAAUGAAUCAAGGAAAACUAUAUGUUUAUAUUAUUGAAUCACAAGUUCGUCUUUUAAUGACAAUUGAAAGUACACAAGAACAUGCACGUUUUGGACAAAGUUUUUCUAUUCAACAAGAUAAAUGUUUAUUAGCUGUUGGUUCUCCAACAGAAUUAAAUGAUUGGUAUGGUGUUGUAGAUAUUAUUCCAUUAUACACUCUUUUUAAUCAAUCAAAAAUUCAUCUUAAACUUCAUGAUAUUCCAAUUCUUAUAUCAAUUCAUGGUCAUAAAAUCUUUCAACGUCUUGGUACAAAUAUUCAAUGGACAGCAAAUGGUGAUUUAGCUAUAUCAGCUCCAUUAGGAAAAGAAAAAAUCUUACCAUUAGAAUUUGAAAAAUCUGAAGGUUAUGUUUAUAUUGUCCCAUCAAAUCGAAUUCCAACUCAACCUGAUCCAAAUAUUUAUUAUAUUGAUAAAAUAAGUUCAAUUACAUAUGCUGCUCAUAAUCGUUUGAAUCGAUUUGGUACUCGUAUGAAUAUUCUUUCUUCAAGAUUUGUUUCUUAUUUGGUUAUUUCAUCACCAUUUACUACUCUGUACGAUGAUGUUCGUUUACCUGGAAUGUUAUAUUUUCAAGAAUUAAAAUUAUAA